AUGAUGCGGAAGGUGGUGCGGCGCGCGGAGUGGGAGGCGCGCAUGGACGCGGCGGCGGUGCGCGCGGAGGACAUGAACAAACUUGUAAUGAAUUACCUCGUAACGGAGGGCUACGUGGACGCGGCGCGCAAGUUCGAGCUUGAGUCCGGGACCGACCCGGGCGCGGAUCUGGGGGCGGUGGCGGAGCGCAUGGCGGUGAAGCAGGCGGUGCAGCGGGGGGACGUGGAGGACGCCAUUGACCGGGUCAACGACCUCAACCCCGAGAUCCUGGACACGGGAGCGGGGGUGUUCUUCCGUCUGCAGCAGCAGCGCCUCAUCGAGCUCAUCCGCGCCGGCCGGGUGGACGAGGCGCUUGACUUCGCCCAGGAGGAGCUGGCUCCCCGCGGCGAGGAGAACGCGGCUUACCUAGAGGAGCUGGAGCGCACCGUUGCCCUGCUGGCGUUUGAGGACCCUGCCACAUCAGCACCUGCCACGCUGGCAGAGCUGCUGGACGUGAGUCAGCGUGACAAGGCGGCCGCUGAGCUCAAUGCCGCCAUCCUGGCGAGCCAGGGCCACGAGAAAGAUCCGAAGCUACCGAGUGUGCUGAGGAUGCUGCUAUGGCUGCAGGGGCAGCUGGACGGCAGAGUGGCGUACCCCAAAGUCACCGACCUCACCACAGCGCUCCUGCACGACCCGCCCUCGCUCUAA